UACCAAAAUCCAUUUUACAUAUCGGAUACCUAAUGUCAGGGAAAGAACAGGUGAGCACCGCUGAGGAGUUAGAAAGCGUGCUUCGGUUCAUCACACAGAAUGACAGACCAUUGUUAGAAAACUUCAUCACACAGAAUGACAGACCAUUGUUAGAAAACUUCACCAUCAACUUGCCACCUCAUCUGUUGAAGUGUCUGUCUUACUUUAAGCUCUUCCCAAAGGACUUCAAAAUCCCGGCAAGGAGACUAAUUGCUCUCUGGAUUGCAGAAGAUUUGGUUGAAGUAACCAAACAUAACACAGAAACUUUUGAAGAGGUUGCUUACAAAUAUCUGUCAGAGUUGAUUGACCGGUGCAUGAUUCAGGUGAUUGAGAAAAAGCAGAAUGGAGAAGUCAAGACAUGUAGCUUGCCGUAUGCUCUACAACAACUAACGCCGGAAGAUAUGAGAGCAGAGAGAGUCACGGAUCAGUUGAACAAAAAUGAUCCAACCUUCAGUCAUAUUCAUGGUGAGCUGAGCUCAAGUUUUCAAGACAGUUACAGACAUAUCCUCUCCAUUCUAUCCUUUGAUACUCGAGAAGGAAAUAAACCUGGAGAAGAAAUAGGUACUUUUCUUCGCAAGGGCCUUGCAGGUGGUUUUUUCUUUCAGCUUCAAGUUCUUGAUCUUGAACGUGUAUUUAGACCAGAACUUCCCAACACCAUUGGAAAGUUGAGCAAGUUGAGAUAUCUGGGUUUGAGGUGGACUUAUCUUGAAUCACUCCCAGCAUCUAUUGGCAAUUUGCACAACCUCCAAACAUUGGAUGUGAAGCAUACAUAUGUCCACAGUCUGCCUGGUUCGAUAUGGAAGCUGCAGAAACUUCGACAUUUAUACUUGAACCAGAGUCACGGGAGUAAAUUUGUCCAUCAACAACCUGGAAGGUCCCUGAAAAAUCUUCAGACAUUGUGGGGCAUAUUUGUUGACAAGGAUAGUCCUUUGAAAGAAGGGCUGGACAAGCUGAUCAAUCUCAGAAAAUUGGGACUGGCAUUCCAAUUAGAUCUAUCAGAGCAAAAAGGAUUAGCAGAUGGGAUUGUAAAGCUGAAGCACCUGCAAUCUUUACGAAUGAGAUCAAUUGGUGAAAUGGGUGAACCCAAUGAUCUAAUAGACAUGCCUUUGUCAGACCUUGAGAAUCUUGUCACUCUAAAUUUGUUUGGAAAGCUAGGCCCUUCCAACCCCAUCAUAGAUACAUUCCCCGAAAGCCUCACUGAUCUUACAUUGUCAGCCACUUCUCUCUCACAUGAUCCAAUGCCAAAGUUGGAGAAGCUCCCCAACCUGAAAGUGGUCUGUUUUUACUCCAAUUCUUAUACAGGUAGAGAGAUGACUUGCUCCAUGUUAGGCUUUCCUAAGCUCGUGGUCUUAAAGUUGUGGAAGCUCGAACAACUAGAAGACUGGGUUGUGGAGGACAAUGCAAUGCAAAAUCUGAGGGAGUUGGAGAUUAGAUCCUGCAAGAAAUUGAAUGUCCCAGGUGGGUUGAAGCACUUGAAGACCCUCACUGAAUUUAAAUUGACUAAUAUGCCAAAACAAUUCGCUGCAACCAUUGCAAAAACUAAGGGGCAACUAUGGGAUGACCUUGUCCAUUCCCCUACAGUCAUUGCAGUUAACUGGGAGGACUCGACUGAUAAAUCAUAGGCUUCCAUUCAUGUAACAAGAUGGAGUUGAGGCACAGGAGAUAAAGGAACAGCCAUGUUUUGCAACCUUAUGGUGAUAGUCUAAUGUUCCUUCAAACUAAAACUGGGUUUGUCAUUAACAUUGCAUCUGAAGGACGGUUGUGUGAUUUGUUGAAUUGAGUAUCGACAUUGCUAAGUUUUAUGAAGUUAAUUGGAAUCAUGUCACUACUAGUAACUCAAAUGUUUUAUGUUACCGAUCUAAGGAUCAGUUCAGUUUCGAAUUUGAUAGCGCUGUAAAAAGUAAAACUUCAAAUAUGUAAUUGUGAAACAAGAUGUAUGCAUCGAGCUAUGACAAAUGAGCUCACUCUAAUGCAAUAUCAGAACAUA